GGACAGAAACGCCAAUCAAUUAAUCCUGCUCGUGGUAAUCUUGUCUCUGUCAUUGUUCUUCUACUCUUCUAAUAGGCUAGUUUUCUCUUCGUUCCUUCUUAUCGCUUAUUCCUACUCUUACGACUUCGUCUUGUCAGCCGUAACCACACGACGUCGCCCAGCCCUACCACGAAUCUCUAACCUCGCGUGGCUCAGUUCCUAUUCCAAACCUUGUCAUCUCAUUUCGGGGACUUUUUGAGCUGAGGGUAUCAGAGGUAUAAUUGCGAUUUAGUGGUAGCGUAGUCCCCAUGGUAUUCGUAGGCACUGGAGGCGGAGUUGCCUGAACUACUUCGGGAUAAUCAUAUUCUCUCUCUCUCUAGGUUUUACAUGAAAAGGCGAGGAUCGGACUUGGGAACAACUUCAAUUGUUCUGUGUGGGUCAAGAGAUUUGCUCGUUUUGCUUCUCUCAUUCCUUCAAGUGCUUUUUAUAUCACGAUGGUGUACACAGGCAAGCCUAGCCGCGGGUGCGGCAUGUGUAAGAACCGACGAAUCAAGUGCGAUGAGAAGCGACCUAUAUGUGGCAACUGCAAGAAAUCGGGCCGCGAUUGUCCAGGGUAUCCGGAUGAGUUCGAUCUAGUCUUCCGGGAUGAGAAUAAAGCCAUGGCAAAGAAAGCGAGGAAGUCGUCUGGACCGACACUGUCGACAAGCAGUACUGUAGGUUCAAGCAGCACUAUAGGUUCAAGCAGUGCUGUAGGCUCAAGCUCGCAUGCUUCUCCAAAUCUUUCACCUUCUCCGAGCUUCGAGGUCUCCCCUGGAGAAAGCUCCUUCCAAGUCGCACUAUCCAGAUCUCGCACACCAUCCGAUCUCAGCCAAUCACAACAACUUUUGGGCCUCCCCAAUUACACAACACCACCGCUUCCAUUACACCAAAUAUUUGACUUCGAAGCCUUCGUCUGGAACCUCGAACACGCUGUCCCACCCACCAUCCAACUAGCUCCAGAAUGCGAAGCAAUACCAUUCUUCUUCAAAAACUUCAUCACGCUCCCUCAGCAGGCGGAGAGUACGCGAGGUUACCUCGAGUACCUUGUACCCCUCUACAACCGCGCGCGGUCGACUUCUGUUUUGCACUUAGCAACCACUGCUGUCGCAAUGGCGACAUGCGGCCAAUACCCCGGACGACAAGACCUCCUUCGCCAAGCAGUUUUGACCUACGGCAAAGCUAUCAAAAAGCUAAAUGAUGACCUAAAAGAUCCCGCGAUGUCGAAGAGUGACGAGACGGUACUUGCCAUUCUGAUGUUCUCCUUGUAUGAAACUAUCAUGUCAACAGACGAUUCGAUAACAGCGUGGGGAAACCAUGUAGAUGGUGCUGUGGCACUGACAAAGCUGAGGGGCACGGAUCAGUUUAAAGAUCCGCUAUCUCAUGCUAUCUUUCGAGCUGUGCGAACAAUGAUGAUAACAAGCUGUGUUCAACGUUCCAAACCCGUAGAGGACUUCCCCGGCAGCAAAGGCUGGGUAGGUCACGGCAAUAUCAGCGACGAAAAUGCGGCCAAUAGACUCACUUUAAUCUGCAUCGACUUGCCCAACCUCCGGGCGCGAGCAAACCGCCUGACCACUAUUCCCUACGAUGUCACUCAAGAGUCGGAAGCCAAGCAGGUCCUCGACUUCGCGCAAAUGGUCGACGGGAACCUCGAGGAGUGGUAUCGCACGCUACCGCCGGAGUGGAAACACCGCAUCAUUGGCAUCGUAAGCGAGACAGUAACACCCGAAGAUGUGGCUCUAGCAGAUAAAUGGCCGGGCGAGCAGCAUGUGUACCACGACGUACCGCUGGCGAGUAUUAUGAACGACUACCGAGUUUGUCGAAUCUUCUGCCGGAGAGUGAUCAUGGCCUGUGUGACAUGGUUAAACUUUGGCGGCUACGUCGACAGUGAAGGUGUUUAUGACAAGUCCGUGUUCGCCAUUCAGCAGACGGUGGAUGAGAUCAGUGCGUGUGUGCCAUUUCACAUGAGCUAUGAGCUGCAACCUGUGGCUAAGGAGAUGGGACUAGAGGAGAAUGCCGCGGAAGCUUUUGGAGGCUACUCCCUCGUCUGGCCCCUCUACGUCGCUGCGAACGCUGAAACCGUUCCACAACUGCAGCGAGAUUGGCUUUUCGGUCGACUGUCCGUCAUCGGGACGAAGUUUGGACUCAGCAGCGCACAAAUCUUGGUCCUGGCGAGAAGACAUGUGCUUACUUGUGGACCUAUGUUUCCGUAAAAGUCGAAGGGUAGCCAUCUUGUUGGUGUUCUUCUGGGAGGGACUCUGCGCUGAUAUAUAGACCAGCAACUGGUCUGACGCUUUAUGAUUAUAUGAGACGUUCUACAUAGCCGUAAUCUGUAAUAUAGAUUUUUUAUACAAAGUACAGC